UAGUGUGUGCAUCAUAAAAUCGUUUUAGUGAACACGUUGUUCAUAGGCAAUGCGUCUAUGAGUAUCAAACGAGAGAAACAAGCAUGAGACGAACAGUUUUUCUUUCUACAUUUUGUUUUUAUAUUUUAGCAACAUAUUCUAAUGCCGAAGAUAUUUUAGGUUGUGGUGGAUUUUUGAAAAGUUAUGCCGAUAUCGAUUUUGCCAAAGUACAAAUAACGUUGUAUACGAAAGGUGGAAGCCUCAAAGAUUUUACAGAAUGUGCUCCCAACAAUGGAUAUUAUUUUCUUCCCUUAUAUGAUAAAGGGGAAUACGUUUUGAAGGUAGAUCCACCCAGAGGAUGGAGCUUUGAACCUACAGAAGUCUUAUUGAAUGUAGAUGGAAGAACAGAUGCCUGUAGUCAAGGCAAAGAUAUUAAUUUUACCUUCAAAGGCUUUGGUAUCACAGGCAGGGUUAUCAGUUUAGGAUCUGAUUCUGGACCAAAAGGUGUCACAGUAUCAUUGUAUAUGGAAAAUAAUGAGCAAGUUUCUGUUGAUACGACAAUUACCAUGGAAGGUGGUAUAUUUUAUUUCACCCCGAUACAACCUGGUCAAUAUAUACUCAUUGCAUCCCAUCCCACGUGGAUAUUGAAGACGGAUACAGUAAAAGUAACAGUACGGGAAGGCAACACAGAAGUCCCAGAUGGUAGUUUAGUAAUUUAUGGAUAUGAUGUGAGUGGACGAGUCACCAGCGAAGAAGAAGCAGUUAGCGGUGUAACAUUUGUAUUAUUUGGAAAUGGUACAGCUAGAAAUUGUGCAACGACACCUAUAAGUAAAGAUCUCGAAUAUAAAAAGCCACUUUGCCAUGUUGUGUCUGACAAAGGUGGUAAAUUCGUGUUUCCAAGUUUAUCACCCGGCGAAUAUAAACUCGUUCCGUAUUAUGCCGGUGCUCAAACUAAAUUUGAUGUGCAACCACCCGAAUUGUUAUUCAAAGUGAGCCACAGUAGCGUUGUAUUACAUCAAGGAUUUAAAGUAACUGGUUUUACGGUAAAUGGAAUUGUCCUCACCGCCAACAACGGAAAUCCUUUGCCAGGAGCAAAAGUUUUACUUUCUCAAAAACAAGUUGCUAUCACGGAUGAAAAUGGAAAAUAUGUAUUUGACAAUAUGAAAGCUGGUCAAUAUACUCUCAAAGCUGAAAGUGAAGACUUAUUGUUCAAUUACAAAUCAGUCAAGAUUUCUCCCAGCUCCCCGGAACUUCCUGUUUUAAUACCAACAGCAUAUAAAGUUUGCGGGAAAGUUACUCUAUCGGCAAAAGGAACUUUAAAUUAUCGAAAGGUUUUCAUUCAAAAUACAGCAGCUACGUUUACCAAAGAAAUUGAAACAGAUGCAAAGACAGGUGAAUUUUGCGUCUACCUUAGCCCUGACACGUAUCAAUUAAGCGUUAUUGUGACAGCGGAGGAAAGAGCUAAAGGAUUACAAUUUUAUCCGUUGCAACAGACGAUUGAUGUGUCGUCUCACCCGGUGCGCAACGUUAACUUUUUACAAUUAAAAGCUACGUUAACGGGAACGGUAAAAUGUUUACCAGAAACCGAUUGCAGUCAAGCUUCCGUAACUUUAAAGGUUCUUGACGGCAUUACAAUAAAAACUAUACAGACGAAAGUUAUUUUUGAUUAUGCAGCUGGCCAAUAUCAAUUCACGGAUGUGUUACCUGGACAUUACGAGGUACUAAUAGACAAUGACAUUUUUUGUUGGGCGAAUCCCAGUUAUAGAAUUUCUGUGACUUCAGAACGAUCUGUAUUACCGCCCUUUGAACAAACCGGGUUUUCCGUUACUUUUAUAUCAUCUCACGAUACUAUGGUCGAAUAUUCGAAGUCAGACGAAUCAAAUAAAUUAAUGUUAGUCUUGAAUAAAGGGAGCACGAAACAUUGCGUUUCCGAACCUGGAAUCUAUACAUUUAUACCGAAAAGUUGUCACAUUUACGAAAAAUCGUUUUAUACAUGGGAUACCAAUACUGUUGCUCCUGUUUUAUUACAUUCGACGGAGCACAGUCACAUGGGAAGCAUUAUAAGUAAUACCCCGUUAGAUGGAGCUAAAAUAAAGAUUGAGGAUGCAGAUGGUAUGGUUAAAAUCCUUGAUCCAGUGGAAUCGAGUCACCACGAAGAUUUUUACAAAUACCAAUUCGAAUUUAAAGCAAAGGCAGAUAACAUUUAUACUAUAACACCGUUAUCGGAUACUCUUCUCUUUACCCCAGCGUCGCUGAAAGUAUUAGGUGUGAACGAUUGUCAAGAGGACAUUGUUACAUUUGUUGGUAAUCUAGGAAAGAUAAUCGAGGGUGAAGUCGAUCCACCAUUGGAAGGAUUUACCGUACAUGUAUUUGGUACCGACAAAACCGUACCCCUGCACACGUCGCAUAAACAUAAAGAUGGAAAGUACAGGAUCGGUCCUUUAGACAGAAAAAUAGAAUACAGCGUUACUGCAGAAAUGGAGGGGUUCGUGUUCAUAGGACCCGAUUCUAGUGGUACGUUUACUGCUUACAAGUUGGCUACAAUUACUGUACAGGUGUUCGACCAAGCUGACAAUGUUCCCUUGCAGGGUGUCUUGCUGUCCUUUUCUGGUGGACAGAGUUAUCGAAAAAAUAGCAUUACCGGCGAGGACGGGAAAUUAGUCUUCGACUCUUUGUUCCCUGGCGAUUACUAUUUGAGACCAAUGAUGAAGGAAUAUCGUUUCGAUCCCCCAUCGAAAAUGAUCAAAGUCAAAGAAGGUGACAUUAGAACGGAAAAUCUAUUCGGGAAGAGGGUCGCGUUCAGCGCAUACGGUUCCGUGACAUCCCUAAACGGUGAACCCGAGGCUGGUUUGUUAGUCGAAGUUCAAGGACAAGGAGACUGCGAUAAUCUUCAAGAGGAAGCGACCACGGAGGACAACGGUGGUUUUCGAAUUCGAGGUUUGCAACCAACGUGUACUUAUGCAUUCCGUUUGAAACCAAACGCUGAAGUUAACACGCACAUUCAGCGCACCAGUCCCGUCUCGACAUCAGUACAAACUUCGACGGACAUUCGUGGUCUUCGAUUGGUCGCAUUUCAUCCAAUAUCGCGCACCGACGUUUCGGUACACGUUGUGUCCAUGCAACCGGAACAUUACCGUACGUUGAAGGUAAAAUUGUGUAAGAAAGAUACACCCGAUUCUCCCAUACAUACAUCGAAAUUAGAGGCUCAGCAACUUAAUAAGGUCGGAAGCUCUUAUAAUGCCGGCUUUCUUGUUCAUUUCCCUCCGUUGCAGGCUGAUGGUAAAAAAUACUUUGUACAAUUAGAAUCGUCCCUGUCCCCUACGCUACACAAAUAUAGAACUCAGCCCUUUUAUUUCGAAGCAAACUCGUCGUUCAAGUCCGUGAAAUUGUUAUUUAACGCGGAACGAAAAGUCGACCAAAGCGAUAUGAAUCAAACAUCCAUGGUUGCUUUACCUUUUAUUAUACUCAUUACUGUCGCGUUUUUCAACCGCGAAAAACUUUGGUUGUGGUUAAACGCUUUAAUCGAAAGAUGGUCAAAACCGGUGCCAAUUUCGAGAACUCCGGUACAAGCUGUUCCCAUCGAUCCGAGAGCGGAUGACAUUAUAGUCGAGCAAAUAAUGAACAUUAACAAAAGAAAAAAUAAGUCGCGUAAACUAUAAUUAUUUUCGAUCUUUAGAUCGUUACGAUACAAUCAGCAUCACAGCGACUAGUUCGCUUUGCAAAUGCGAUAACAUCCUCAGCCGGCCAAUAGAUCUCGUCGCGUUUUAUACUGUGUACAUAUGAACAGAGUGAUUCAGCGGAUACCAUUAUAAUCGAAAGCUUCACGCCGUAAAUGAAUGACUGUCGAUGCGAUAUAUUCAUAGAUGUGUUUCUAAUGAAUACGCCAUUUUCA